UUAAUCCAAUUACACAGCACCACGUGUCAUAACAGUAUCCAUAAUCUCUCUCCUUUCACCAUCAGCUUGCCACGUAAGCACUUAAACCUCACAUUAUUCCCUUCUCCGAGUUGGCUACGAAUUUUCUGCUUCAGUAAACGUGGGAAAUUAGACACCGUUGGAUCACUUUAUUCCUUAAUCACAGCCGCACAUAUUUGAAUCGGCAAAGCUUGUGGCCACCAAAAUCCGGGGAGCAAUUUUAUAUUUUUAAUAUCUUCGUUAUAUCAAAAUCAUCGGUUCAGUUUAGAUUCCAAUUUUCCCACCAUUUUCACCGGAAUAUUCUAUUCUUCGCCGGCGUACCGCGUCAGCCCGGUAUAAUCAGCUUUCUCGAAUCUAUUCGUCUGUUUCUCAGACACCGAUUGUUGAAAUUGGCAUGGGAGUUGUGACUGUUUCGAGUUCCGCCGCUCGAACUCCGGUUGGAUUAGACGCAAUUAUUAGGUAUUCGACUCAUGUAUCAUUAUCGAAGAAGCCACUCGUACUAUCCUUAAAAACCGACAAAGCUAAAAAAAGUAGAGCUCUCAUCGCACCACUAGAAUCUGUAGCGUUACCUUCCGAGGCAAAAAACGAGACCGUAAAAAGUUUAAGAAAGGUUAAAAAAACACGGCCAGAUAAACGUGUGAGCGCUGUCUCAAUUACCGAUGAGGCCUCUCCCGGAAGCACAUUGGAUUUGGAUUACACCGAAGCUGCUGCAAAACUAGAAUAUUUGUACAAAACAAGUCCUGCAUUAACCGAUGAGGAGAUCAAAACGAAAAGUGUUCAGACAAGGCAGCCUCGUAGGAAAAGGAUCGAUGAAUCUGUGGAGACAAAGAAUUUGGUGAGGAGUCAGAGAAGGGGAAAAAGAUUGAGUCUUGAGAAGAGGGUUGCUCUUAGAAUGAAGAAAGAAUCGGUUCCUUUAUUAUCGCAGAAAAAGGAAGUGAAUAAUAAGAGUGACGACGAUGAGAAGAUUGAUAGGCUCUUGAGGGACUAUUCAAUUUCAUCCGACUUUUUCAGCUUGGAUUGGAAAAAGACAAAAAUACCCCCGGUUCUUCCUUCGUCCGAGCACGUAUGGCUUUUUAAGCUGAUGCAACCUAUGAAGGAAAUCUUGAAAGUGAAGGAGACGUUAACUAAUGAUUUAGGAAGAGAGGUGAGAGAUGAUGAGCUGGCAGAGGCGACGAAUACAGAUGUUUUUCAGCUUCGGAAACAGUUGGAAGUUGGUCGAACUGCUCGAAACAAGUUGAUCAAGCACAACUUGAGGCUAGUUUUAUUUGUGAUGAACAAAUAUUUUCAAGACUUUGCAAACGGACCGAGAUUCCAAGACCUAUGUCAAGCUGGGGUGAAGGGUCUUAUUACAGCUAUAGACCGUUUCGAGCCGAAAAGAAAAUUUCGUCUCUCGACUUACGGUCUGUUUUGGAUCAGACACGCAAUUGUCCGUUCCAUGACAAUUUCAAGCUUCACAAAGGUCUCCUUUGGCCUCGAGUCGGUUAGAGUGGAAAUCCAGAAGGCCAAAACAGAGUUGUUGUUUGAGCUUCACAGAUUGCCAACCGACGAAGAAAUUAUAGAGAGAGUCGGAAUCUCUGCAGAGAGAUUUAAUGAAGUGACGAGGGUUUCGAAGCCUAUUUCCUCUCUCCACGCACGUCAUAAAAUAACUCACGAGGAGUUCAUUAAUGGAGUUGCCGAUAUUGACGGUUUCGAAGGAGAUCAAAGACAGCAACCUGCACUUCUCAGGCUUGCUUUGGAUGAUGUGCUGGACUCUUUGAAACCAAAGGAGAGUUUGGUGGUGAGACAAAGAUAUGGUCUUGAUGGUAAAGGAGAUAGAACACUCGGAGAAAUUGCGGGAAAUUUGAAUAUUUCGAGAGAAAUGGUACGAAAGCACGAAGUGAAGGCUUUCAUGAAGCUCAAGCAUCCUGCACGAGUUGAUUACCUUCGCCACCAUAUCUCCAAAUGAACAAACGAAAAAAAGAAUUGAAUUCAAUCUCUGCACACUAUUGUAUAUGUAUAUUGGUUUACACUUUCCACACGGAGUCGUUUGUAUUAUAACAUUACAUGCACAUAAAAGAUCGGUUAACGUGUAUAAAUCCAUCUCUUUACAGCUCUUUCCUUAGCUGUAUUAAACUCUGUUUUUCUUUUAAUGGUGAUGAAGAAGAUAUAGUCAAACUUGAAAAUAUUUGUGAA